AUGCAGUUCUUGAGAUCUAACCGUGCUAUCCCAGAUUGUAUGGGUGCCCAAGUAAUGUCAAUGAGACAGUCGGGCAUACGAACUUGCCACAUAUUGAAUCACCUUGCUGCAGAAAGAGGAGGACAUGAGUAUGUUCCGUUCUUGAAAAAGGACUUAUACAAUUGGAUUGGACGACAAAGACAGUUAGAAGAGGAGGAGGAAACAGAUGCUGAGGGUGCCCUGGGAUACUUGGAAUGUCUUGGGUUACGUGACCCCAAUUUUUUUGAAACACACACGAUAGACGGGGAAUAUAGGCUCGCUGACUUGUUCUGGGCCGAUGGAAUUUUGAGAGAUGACUAUGGACAUUUUGGGGAGAUCAUCGCAUUUGACACAACGUACAAGAAGAAUGCUUACAACAAACCCCUUCUUCUUUUUGUCGGCGUGAAUCACCACUUCAGAACUGUUGUCUUCGCAGUGGCAUUGCUGUACGAUGAGAAGGAGGACACAAACAUUUGGUUGUUGGAAGAAUUCCUUCAAUGUAUGAACAACAAAUUGCCUCUGGUUGUUGUCACUGAUGGAGAUAAAGCUAUGGCUAAAGCAAUAGAGAAAGUCAUGCCUAAUGCUGUCCAUCAGGAAGAGUUUGACAAGAGUUGGGGUGGCUUGGUUACAGAAUUUCAGCUACAAGAUAGCCAAUGGGCAGCCAUAACAUACAACAAUAGAAGGAGUUGGGCAGAAUGCUUCCUACGGGGUAAUUUCUUUGCGGGCCUCAGAACCACCCAAAGGUCGGAGUCGAUGAAUUCUUACCUGUCACACUUCUUGACAAGCAAACUUAAACUUAAAGACCUUGUUGGCCAAGUUGAUAAAGCCAUACAAAGCAUACGCCACACGGAACGCGAAGAUGACUUCAUCAGUAACAACACAUCGCCCCAGUUCCCUUCCAACAUACUACAACAGUAUUACCAGCAAGUUGCUUCAGUUUUGACGAGAAACAUGUACGGUAAGGUCGCACAACAAAUCGACAACGCUCUUGCAUACUUAAUUGAUUCGACAAGUGUGGAAUUUGGGUGCAGGUUGCAUGCCAUUCUAGUCAGACGGAAUCCCGUGUCGACAUAUGUUUUUAGUAAUGAAGCAUUUGAACCUACCCUGCAUCCUGAAACCUCUGUUAAAGGAACGCUGGAGGAAGGACGCCAAAUUGAGAGGUGA